AUGCCAACCACCAACAGAAUCAUCUCUGACAGUCGGAAGACAGAUAAAGGAAAACAAUCCAAAGCUGGAAACACAAACACAGAGAAGAUCCCAGCAUAUGAGCCAAAUAUUCCUGAACCAACAUGCAGAGCUGAUCUCAUCAAGCACUGGAUUAACCUUUCCCUGGAUGACAAAACAGCCAAUAAGGUGCUGUGGAUCACAGAGGGCGGGACUAAGGUGGCAAGAAUGACAGAUGAAGUUACCUGUCCUGUUUUGGAUAGACCAGAGCGAUAUGAAUAUGCUCCACAGGUGCUCUGCAAUGAAGGCAUCCUGGGCUUCAGAGGCUACUGGGAGGUGGAGUACUGCGGAUGGGUGGUGGUCGGGGUGGCAUAUGAGAGAGCGGCAAGGAGGAACAACCAGGGACCCUGUGGCCUGGGGGAGAACGAGGAGUCCUGGGGUCUUGGCUGGAUAGGCUCGAGCUACCACAGCUGGCAUAACAGCCAAAGUGUGGAGAUCACGGGGAUUCCAAAGUCCUCCACGAUCGGUGUUUACCUCGACCAGCCUGCUGGUGUGUUGAAUUUUUAUGCUGUGGAAGAGGUGAUGGAAGGAGAGGAGAGCACAGGGGUAAAGGAGGUCAAACUUUUGCAGCAGAUUAAGAGCACCUUUAAGGAGAAAGUGCUUCCAGGUUUUUGGGUGGGGACACAGUCACACUGUUUGAUUUUAAAGAAGGAAGAAUAA